CACCUCUCCGGCCAUCAAACCAAAGCUCGGAAUCCUUACCUGACUAGCUAGUAGCUGCUACUCACUGCUCUCCAGUGAAGCUUGAGUAGUUGUAGUGGUGGCAGCUAGAGUGAGAUCGACAUGGCUUCUUUCUCCUCCAAGGCCGCACUUGUUGCACUCCUCUCCCUCCUUGUCACCUUCGCCGCCGGCGCGAGGCCGGGGAACUUUAGCGCCUCCGACUUCACCGCCGAUCCCAACUGGGAAGCUGCCAGGGCCACCUGGUAUGGCGCCCCCACCGGCGCCGGCCCUGACGACGAUGGCGGUGCUUGCGGGUUCAAGAACGUGAACCAGUACCCGUUCUCGUCCAUGACGUCCUGCGGCAACGAGCCACUCUUCAAGGACGGCAAGGGCUGCGGCUCAUGCUACCAGAUAAGAUGUGUCAACCACCCUGCCUGCUCCGGCAACCCGGAGACGGUGAUCAUCACCGACAUGAACUACUACCCCGUCGCCAAGUACCACUUCGACCUCAGCGGCACGGCGUUCGGCGCCAUGGCGAAGCCCGGCCAGAACGACCAGCUCCGCCACGCCGGCAUCAUCGACAUCCAGUUCAAGAGGGUGCCCUGCAACUUCCCUGGCCUGAAGGUGACGUUCCACGUCGAGGAGGGGUCGAACCCGGUCUACUUCGCGGUGCUGGUGGAGUACGAGGACGGCGACGGCGACGUGGUGCAGGUGGAUCUCAUGGAGGCCAACUCGCAGUCGUGGACGCCGAUGCGCGAGUCGUGGGGAUCCAUCUGGAGGCUCGACUCCAACCACCGCCUCACGGCGCCCUUCUCGCUCCGCAUCACCAACGAGUCCGGCAAGCAGCUCGUCGCCAACCAGGUCAUCCCGGCCAACUGGGCUCCCAUGGCCGUCUACCGCUCCUUCGUCCAGUACAGCAGCUAAUCCACAAUGAACACAGCCACGCCAAGCAUCAGCAGCAUUAGCUAUACGUGCCUCUACACAUUUGAAAACCAUUAAUUUGGCCAUUUAUAUAUCUGCUUGAGUAAUUAAUUAGCUACCUCGGUAUGGUAUUGUAUAUCCAUCCAUCGAUCGAUCGAUCGUUGCAUGGAGUUCGUUUGAAUUUGAUUAGGUGAGACGUCGGUUGUUGGGUGUCAUAUAGACAUCGAUUGGUGUCUUGAGGUUUGGGAGUGGGAUAAGGAGGAGAGGCAAGUUUGCAUGUGCUGUCCCGCCCACUCUCACUGUACCAGUGUCACAGUACUUGUGUGUAACCAGACCAAGAUCAUAAAUUAUACUCCUACUACUAUUUAGUAGUAUACAGUUUGCUGCCUGGCAUUCAGUACCA